AUGCUCACAAUUUCGCUAAUUUGGCAGGCGGUUCUCCCAUUGCUUGUCUUUUAUUUCCCCUCAACAUUGGGGUUGGACAACCGGAGCCGAUAUAAUGCUGACUUUGAAAACGGAACUUCAAUUAUUCACUUUCCUUUAUUUGGUGGCACGACUUCUUCAGCUCUUCUGACUUGGUUGAUGCCUCCACUACCCGAUUGUGGAUAUUUUGCAUGG